AUGUGUGCAUCCUCAGAUCCGUUGACCGAGUUUUUAGCCCUUGUUCCUUAUGGAGACCGCCAACUAACCGCUGCAACCAUUGUAAAAUUAAGGUCUGAGUUGCGUGAACAUAUUGCUACAGAUGGUUCCAUAACUGACCCAUUGAAACGAAUAAAAUGCUUAAAACAGGUAUUUACUCGCAUUCCAAUCUCCUUGCGCAAGUCAUUACGAGAAAAAGUAUUUUCGGCAAUGGAAAACUGUUUAGAUAGCUCUGAGGCCUUGUCAAUUUUCACUCUGCUAUUUUCGAUCAUCGAAACAUGCAGUCUUCGAAAUCCGGAUCGCUCUGACUUAGAGGCUUCAGAUAUCAUCAAUUACCUUCCAACAGUCAAUUCACUCAUAGUCACACUUACGCAGAGUUUCCUAUCUCAACGGAGUAAUCUGCUUUCUCUUCUUGCAUGGGCUAUCGGGACACUUGCUUACACGUGUCGCCAAUGCCUCAUUUGGUGCUCUCAUCAAGAUUGUCUCGACUUAAAAGAACAGCCAUUAGAAGGGUAUGUGCCGCUCGAUCCCGAUUUACUUUCGUCUCCUUGUUUACCAAAACUGCUAAAAUGUGUUCUGAAUUGUCAGGCAAGCGGCUCACCUCCUCCAACCCCCCAAAGUAAAUAUCUGCUCAGUGAAUUAGUGCUGGCAAGUGCUUUUUCCGAUGGCACAAUAAAGCUGGUACAGCAGUGCAGUAAUUUUGAGCUGUACAACCCACUUGAAAAUGAAUUCGACUCCUCCUGCGCAUCGCUCCAUUCAAAAGUUGAAAGAAAAACCACGUCAAAUCACAAAUCAUUUCUUUCGCACCAGGACGUCCAAAGCGCCUUAAUGACGUCAGAUUUGCUAAAAAUUCAGGAAACUGUAAAGUCCAUCGAAGGAAGUAUCCUUGAUAACGCGCCCUUAACAGAAGACUUCAAGCUAAUUUGCAAAGUAACUAUCCAAAAUGCACCCGCUAUUCUUUUGACGGCUGCAAACAAACUUAACGAAAGUACUGACGCGUCAGAUGAAAUCCGAUCCAUCUACUGUAGUCUCUUCUGCGGAUUCCUCCGUGUUUGGAUCUACGCUUUGGAAAGGCGCCUUGUUUUUGCUGAAAUUCCUCAAUCUUACCUUUAUUUGUGCGGAUUCGCCAACGCGAGGUUUCAGGAUAUGCCACUGAAAGGCUUCAUCCAAGCCAUUGGACUCGAAUCUCAAUUCUUGACCAGCUACGCACGGGUUUUCCGAUCCAAUGUUCUGGCAUCGCCACACUGGUUCCUAGAAAUGCUUACCGAUUGUGUCACGUCAAUAAUUGACCGACUUUCCUCUGCUGCCGAUGUUGAUGAGCUUGCAAGCCUUGAGUGCGCGGUUUGCCCGUGCAUCGCGUCGGUGAGCAGAACCUGGGUCAGUUUGAGGGCCGACGAGCCAGACUUCCGUCCUGAGUUGUCGCGGGCAGUCAAGGGACUCCUCGAUUCCAUAAUCGUGCGCAUCGCCGAGUCCUCGGGCCCUCAGUCAGGCGGUCGACAGCGAAAGUGGCACGAGGAGGCGGGGCCACGCGGUGAACGCAGCGUCUUGAGCCCUCGCGUGCGCCAAAUGCUCAACCAAGGCUUGCUCUUUCCCCUCCUCGACGUGAUCGACCCGUGGGCCCUGCAACAGUCGCGCAUUGGACUCAAACCGGCCGUUGCGUGCGAGGUCCUGCGCACCCUGUUGGUCAGCCACCAAGAGAAGCGGCGACUGGCUGGCGACGAAACCGUCGCGGCACUCACUCACCAGCGAGCGCCCGUGGCGCACGGUGCUGUCAGUGGCCUUGCCGGUAGCCGCCUCAAAGCCAAGAUUGCUGCCAAGCGACAGCAACACAACAGGCGAAAACCUGUGUAG